GGGAAGAAGAUUUUACGCUUGCUCUGCUUGCAGAGAAAGAAGAGACUGUAACUUUUUUCAGUGGGAAGAUGAAAAGUAUUAAGGUGUGAAAUAUAGCUGGUAUCUUUUUGGUAUCUACAUAUUGCUGGAAUUUUGUGGGGAAAGAAAAGCAAGAAGCCUUCCUGCUCUCAUCCCCUUAAGAAUAGCUGAAGGGAAAGAACUCACCAAUACAGCUGGACAGUUAAGCAUAUUGCAGAAGCGCAGCUAUUCAUACUAUAGUAGUGUGUCCAUCUGAAAACUAGGUACUCUAAAAAAUACUUAGUGGCAGUGCUUUUUUUUUCUUUAAAAUGUUUAGGGGUACUCUAAAUUGAAAUAGGGGUAUUGAAAUACCUACUGCCCCUCAAUGAGGGCAAACUUAGAUUCACAAUAUAUUCAGGGGUAUGCUUACCCCCAGGGGAAAAAAGCACUGCUCAGCGGUGUGUGUUUUUUUUAAAGCUGUGUGCCAUUGGCAGAGAUGGACAUAAAAGAAGGGGAGAAAAGGGGGAAACUGGCUGAAGAUUUUAGAAGAGAGGAACCGGAGUGAAUGUGCACAUCUGAAUUCACGUUUCAGUCAUUUAGCAAAAAAUCCACAUUUUGCAUUAUUAUUAUUAUUAUUAUUAUUAUUAUUAAAUUUGUAUACCACCCUAUACCCGCAGGUCUCAGGGCAGUUCACAGGAUAAAAUCAGAAUAUAAAUCCACAAAAUGCAUAAUCAAAACAAAAGCAAAAACAACCCAGUAGUUCUUCUUCCCAAAUGAAGCAAAUGCUUAAGCACUGAGGACUACCAUGAAGCAAAAUUUGGAUUUUUAAAAUUUCUUAGUGGGCCAUAAAUUCUGAGAGGAAAGUUUGAAACUUGAGCUGGACUGAAUUCUUGAAAACCGUAUCUGUUUGUGAUAAAUAUUGUUUGGAUUUCUACGUAUAUUUCAUGCACGUUUUCCUCAGGUAUCAGAAGCUAGACUUUCAGUACGGGAAAUGUACAACCAACGCCAUCAACCAUUAUUAUCUCACAGAGACAAUGUAGAGAGGUACAAGGAGUAUGUAGCGUUGCCACUGUCGGAAAGGAGGUUUUGCAGAGAAUGCCAGCUGCUGUUGUUGCCAUCAGAGUGGGGAAGACACCUGGGCCAUCACAUCCUUAGUGAUGUCUCUGUUACCCAGCUGAAAAGGCCCAGCCAGCUCCUCAUCCCUCUGGAGAAUAAGAAGACAAAUGCACAAUACCUGUUCACCGAGAGAAGCUGCCAGUUCCUGCUGGACCUCAUUACUACGCUGGGUUUUAAAAGGGUCCUUUGUGUUGGCACCCCAAGGCUGCAUGAAUUCAUCAAAUUCCAAACAUCGCAGGAAAAGAAGAUCUGCAUUAAGAGCCUUUUGUUAGAUAUUGAUUUCAGGUACUCUCAGUUUUAUACAGAGGAGGACUUCUGCCAUUACAACAUGUUUAACCACCAUUUCUUUGCUGGAGAGGCUGCUUAUGAGAUAUGUCGGAAGUUCUUGCAGGAGGACAAUGGGAAAGACGUCAUCAUGGUGGCUGAUCCUCCCUUUGGAGGCUUGGUUGAAGCUUUGGCAUUUAGUUUCAAAAAGCUGGUUGCAAUGCGGAGACAAACAGGAGGUGCAGAUCCUGCUGACAACAACUUACCCAUACUUUGGAUAUUUCCAUACUUCUUUGAGUCACGCAUUCUUGAAUUUUUUCCAAAUUUCAGUAUGCUGGAUUAUCAGGUGGACUAUGAUAAUCAUGCCCUUUAUAAGCACGGAAAGACAGGUCGUAAACAGUCCCCAGUUCGUAUAUUUACCGACAUUUCACCACGUUUGAUAGUGCUUCCCGUGGAAGAAGGAUACAGGUUUUGCUCCAUCUGCCAGCGGUACGUUAGCUCAGACAACCAGCACUGUGAAAUCUGUGAUUCAUGCACAUCAAAAGAUGGGAGACGAUGGACACAUUGUUUGCUUUGCAAAAAAUGUGUAAAACCCUCUUGGAUUCAUUGCAGCGUUUGUGGUCGCUGUGUUCUGCCAAGUCACUCUUGUAAGAGUGCUGAGGUUGGAUCUGAGACGGGGUGCUUCAUUUGUGGAGUAACGGACCAUAAACGCGCCACCUGCCCUAAUCUACACGUGGUUAGGAGAACACACCAAGGCGGUAAAAAGUCAAGGCAAAAGAAGAAGAAGAAGUUGGUGAAUGUGAAUGCUACGAAAACGACAGGUGGAAAGAAGAUGAGAACUGCAGUAUAAAUUAUGGGCUGUGUUUGCAUGAGUCCUUCAUUCAGUGUUCUCCAAAUAUUAAUCUGGGUACUGAAUAUCUGACUGAAUCAGAGGCCAUAUUUUGCAACUCUGCAAAUGUCACCAAAACACCAACUCUUGCUGAUGCACUAAAUGUGUGAAUAUAUAUAUAUAAUAUAUAUAUAUAUAUAUAUAUAUUGUAGUCUUUUUAGUACACUGUGUAUAUACACUUUCAACAAUGUAACUGAUUUUAUAAAUUUUAAUAUAUUUUUGCAAAAAUGAA